CGCGCCGGCACCGGCACCGACACCGGCACCGACACCGGCACGGCGGGGGUACAAAGACCACAUUCCCCAGUGCCGAGCUCCCAGCCGCGACGCGUAGCGCGAUGACAGCCAUCCUGGAGCGGAUCAGCACGCUGUCCCUCAGCGGGCAGCAGCUCAGCCGCUUCCCCAAGCUGCUGGAAGAUGGAUUCCCGAAGAUGCCUUGCACUGUGAAGGAGUGUGAGGUGCCGCAGCUCUUCCGGGAGCCAUACAUCCACAGUGGGUACCGUCCCACCGGCCAGGAGUGGAGGUACUACUUCCUUAGCCUCUUCCAAAAGCACAAUGAGGUAGUCAACGUGUGGACUCAUCUCCUGGCAGCCCUGGCCGUCCUGCUGAGGUUCAAGACGUUUGUGGAGGCUGAGCAGUUACCAGUGGAUGCCUGGUCCUUGCCUUUGCUCAUCUUUGUCCUGUCCUCCGUCACCUACCUGACCUGCAGCCUCCUGGCCCACCUGCUGCAGUCCAAAUCAGAGCUGUACCACUACACCUUCUACUUCAUGGACUACGUCGGAGUCAGCAUCUACCAGUACGGUAGUGCCCUUGCCCACUUCUACUACAGCUCGGAUCAGGCCUGGUAUGACAAGUUCUGGCUCUUCUUCCUCCCGGCAGCUGCUUUCUGUGGCUGGCUCUCAUGUGCUGGCUGCUGCUACGCCAAGUAUCGGUACCGGCGGCCCUACCCCAUCAUGAGGAAGAUGUGCCAGGUGAUCCCAGCUGGGCUGGCCUUCAUCUUGGAUAUCAGUCCUGUGGCUCACCGGGUGGUAGUGUGUCACCUGGGAGGCUGUGAGGAAGAUGCUGCUUGGUACCACACAUAUCAGAUACUGUUCUUCCUUAUCAGUGCUUAUUUCUUCUCCUGCCCAGUUCCUGAGAAGUACUUCCCGGGAUCCUGUGAUAUUGUUGGCCAUGCCCACCAAAUCUUCCACACAUUCCUGGCCAUUUGCACCCUCUCACAACUGGAGGCCAUAUUAUUGGAUUACAAGAACAGGCAGGAGAUCUUCCUAAAGAGACAUGUCCCUUUCUCCAUCUAUCUCACCUGCGGCUCCUUUUUUGGGCUGGUGGCUUGUAGUGCCAUCACAGCUUAUGUCCUGCAACGCAGGAUCAAGGCCAGCCUGGGUCUUAAAAAAGACUCCUGAGAGAGUCAUGAAGAUGAUGAGCGUGAUAUCACCUGUCUGGUGAAAACCAGGAAAAGGGGGAUAAUAUAUUAGGGACAUAACUGGCUUAUUUGCCUAACACGCUCUGACUAACCUGGACCCUGUGGACUGGGGUGGAGGGCUGGAUACUUCAUUCUGGAUGCAUUUUGCAGCAGGGGCUGCCUUUUGCCCUUCAGGGGGACAUGGGGUUUUUUAAGCCAGAACAAGUCACUUAACCGAGGAUGCUGAAACAGCAGAGGUUUCUUGUUCCUGCUAGAAAACCUGCAGGGAAUAUCAUGAUGAAUAUCAGGAAAGGCAGCCUGAAGGCUGUGAGAUGGGAAAAGGACCUUAAGGAUCAUGGCUGAAUGUGACUGCCUGUGUGGGUUUUGCCAUCUCUGCUGUGCUGGGAGGGAUCUGUUACCAUUGAAGGCAGAGGCUUCAGGGUAACUUCAGGACUUCAGGGGGAGUCUACAUUUCAAGGGUUCAGUUGCAUGUGUGUUGCAGUGGCUGGAUUAGUCCUUUCUGCUCCAGUGGGUUAAGACAGGUUAUCUCUACUUUUGUCCUUCUCAGUUUCUCAGUGCCAGGUUGCUGAGAUGGUCCUGGUAUAUCUGCAGACCAAGCAGUCUCUAUGAUGAGUCCUCUAGGAUGAGCUGGGUCUAAACCUGAGUUCUGUGUCUGCUGGUGACUGGUGUGGAUCUAGCCAUUGCUGGCAGAGGUGGAGAUGUGAGGUCAACUCUGUCUUCUCUUUCUACAUGAUUUCACCAUUGAUAGUAGAGCUACUUAAAAAAAAUAAUAAUAAAAACAGCAAGUCAGACAUUCCCCAAGAGAGAUAACAGGAUAGGCCCUUUCUCAGUAGGGGUUCCAUUCAGCAUGAGGGUCCUUAUGUAACCUUAGGAUGUGUUUGUCCUUGAGACCUGUGUUUCCCAUGUGGAAUAGCUAUGAUUGAUAGCUGGACGGGGACACUUCAUGGCCAUGGGACACUCCUGUCCAAGGUGUAGUUGAUGUGAGCGUUGAUUUGCUGUGUCCCCAAGUAGACAAAUCCCCUUUGCCCUUAUGGGAGUAUCAGAUCGAGGAGCCCCGUUGUUGCACUGACACUCUUAGCAAAUCAGUCCUGAAUGCUCAGAACUGAAGUGGACACAUGGUCCCAAGCAGCCUAAAUACCUGCUGCUCAGCCUGCUGCUGGCUUUCUAUGACAGACCUUAGCACGGGUCCUCCCAGCUGUACCCUAUGCAGGAACUGCAGCCUUACGUGCCAGUUUCCAGGAGCAAAUCUUUCCUGAAAGCCAAGAAAUUAUGGGAUCUACUCCAGCCACAGAUUUGUCCCGCUGGAUCCAAAGGCAGGCAAACGAAUUGUGUUUGCUGGUACUGGGCAGGCAGAGUUUAGGGGCAGGGAUAUGGUUGGUUAUGACAAGCACUGACUUCUGCUCUUGAUCUGUUUUUUAACUACUGGAGUGUGUGUGUGUUUGUGCAUGUGAGUGAUUUAAUAUUCAGAAAGGCUUUGAUUUGGGCUUUUAUAUCUGCAGAGCCUCCUGGCUGUAACAAGAUCAGUCUGAGGGAAACAGUGCCUUGAUGAUGAAGGAGCAAGGAGAAGCAGAAAACAGGAUAUCUGAAAACUAAUCUAUUUAUUAGGUGGUUUGCUGUGUCACGUCGUGUCGUGUGGACAUCUGAAACUUGUGGCCUUAUUGACAAGCUAAGCACAAAAGCAGGAGGUUAUUUUUGAUUACUGGAGAUGAAGUCAUAGGAAAGAAGUCACGUAGUCCAACCCUUCUCCUCACUGUGCCUCUUCCUUCACAUUUAGCCCAGCUAGGAGCACAUAAAACUUGUUAAUGGCUCGGUUGCCUACCGUAUAUUUUGACGGUACAGCUACACUGACCUACCUACAGGGAAAAGGAACAGUCCCACUAACACCUUGUCCUUCCCUCGCGCAGAAGCUCUUCUGACCUCAGAGUGUGCCCGUGCAGACAGACAAACCUGAUUGAAAAGAAGAAAAACAAAAGCCACUAAUUUUUUACUGUUUUUAACUUUCAUCCAGCUCACUUGGACAGCACUGCUGCCUGCAGGGAAGGGCUGGGUACGCAGGAGCUGCAAACAGCAGCUCUUCCUUGCAACAGCGGUUGGUUGCUUGACUGGCCCAGCUGCACUGACAGACUCUCCUCUCCACAGUCCCCAUGACUUUCCUUGUGCGUCUCCUCCCAUUUUGGGGAACAGCUUCCAGUGGGAAAUAAUGUUUCUUAUCAAACCUCCCUUACCUUUUUUAUUUUAUUUUAUUUUUAUUUUUUUAGGAGUUUAAAGCAGAGUAAGCCACCAGUGUGGGUUUGGCUGGUUAAUAUAAACGUGUUUCUGUGCAGGAAGGGGAAUAAGCCAGGUUGGUCUAUCACCCCUUUCUGUGCUAAAUCUGAGAAGGAGUAGGCACUGCUGCUAAAAAUAAACCCUGCUGCUCAGCUAGGGUGAUAUUGGUCCUGCAGACAGGGAUAACUAGGCCUUUCCUUCUCUAAAGGUUUGAAAAUAGUUGACAUGUGCUGCCCUAGGCAAAGGAGGAUAAACACAACCUUGCCAUCCAGUUCCUCUCACCAGGGAGAGGAGGUGCCUUAUGGCUCUUCUGAGGCGAGAGGCUGCUCUGGCGGUUCUGGUCGGUCACCCUGCACCAUCUCCAAAAUGGUCCCAGAGAAGUGAAACUUUUCUCCUUUUGGAACAAUUGUGCGCAUGGUGGUGGUGGUGGUUUUGCCUGUUUCCAUGUUACGCCUCAAGUGAUGCCACCAGUGUCCCCAGUGUGGCCCUGCACUCAGACCUGGAGCUGACCUCCCGGUUACUAUGAUAGGCUGAUUCUGCAGGGAAUGGCAACGUGGAUCACUGCUGCUGCGGGGAUGCACUCUUGUGUUGCACUGGAGCUUCCUCCAUCCGUGUCUCCUUCCUCCUCUUUCUGCAACCACCUUUAUUUCUUCUCCUCACCCCAAGAAUUCAUCCUUGUGCCUUUUGCUGCCCUACCUGUACGGACUCUGUGUGCUCUGCAGGCUGCUGGGCUGGGACGGGGAGAUGGCUGCCGAUGCCCUCCUGCAAGCCCUGCCCCUGAUCUAGGGGAGAAGAUCAUGACCGAGUCCUGCAAGAGCAGAAACACCACUGCGAGGGACACUCCAAAAGCAUCUCCAGACCUCCCGCUUUGGAGCACAUCUCCCAUCCUGGUGUUCCUCCAAGGAGGCACGGCCAGGAGGGAUGCGAGCAGCUGCAGGGCUUUGGUGGAGGUGGCCACCAAAGACCACCACUUCUGAGGGUGGGCCAUGAAGGGACCGACGUCCUAACCCUCUCCCACAGGAAUCUCCAGUCCUGAGGCAGCAUUUCCUGUAGCCCCAGGUCCAUAUGGGUCAACUGAGAACUUAUCCCCAUGUGCCUUAUGCUGUUCCCUUUUGGGAUUCACCCUGUGGGAACCAGAGGAUUAAAAACAGCUUCUCAGCUACCUGCUGCUCGUGGUUGCUUUUAACUGGUACCCACUGGCAGAAUCUGCCUGUUAUAAGGAGGAGAGGAUGGAAAGAGGUGCCUUAAACUUAUAUUUAUGCUGUUUCAUUUGUGCAGCAGGGCAAGGACAGGCUCUGCACGUGCCUUGCUAUUUAUGUCCUUUACUGACAAGAUUGUUUUUAAGCACUGUUUGUUACUAAAUAAGUACAAAAGCGUUUGUAUUUUUUUCCCUGGGAAAACAGGGAAGGGUACGAAUGUUAUGUAUUAACCAUUCCGUUCCUAACCCCCUCCCUUUGCUGAUUUUGUAUUGUUGAAAAUAUUGACCAUAUUUUAAGCUUUG